AGCCCUUUCUCUCUCUUAUCUUCCUCCAAAACUCAACUCUCCUGGCCCUCGUCAUUCCCUCUUUUACUUACCCGCCAAAAAUCCCUCCAAUUAACGUCUCAAUAUUUCCAAAUUCCUUCCCCUCUCCCCUCUCAUGGCCGAACCGAUGCAGGAGGUGGUUGUCGAUGCGGAACCAACUGAACCCACCGUGACCCACUCCGGCGACAAGAGGCCAAUUGGGUACGAGGGACACGACGGGGUUGUUGCUGCAGAGCCGCAGUUGAGCAAGAAGCCGCGGAAUGGCCAGGAACUUGGUCGGAAUCUCAGACGGGUUGCGGAGAUUGUGUUGGUCAUGUCCACGAUGACGGCGGUGCGCGGCGGGAAGAAGCCGAGUGAUGCCGAGGUCGAGUUGAUGGCUGAGGCCAGGGCUAAGCUGGCUCAGAUUUGUGAAGGAUUGGCGCCGAAAGACAUUAUGGGAAGGGAAGGUAUUAGCUCUGUGAUUGAAGAUUUGGGGCUGAAUGAGAAGGCUAAGGAUCACAAGUUAGGGUUUCGCGGUCCCAGGUUGACAAUAGCGGAGAAAUUGGCGAUGGCUAAGAAGAAGAUGGAAGAUUCCAAGAAAUAUAUCCCACCGUCAGCUUAUGGAUCUCAUCCAACCCAAACAAACUUCACUCCAUCAGUUGAGAGCCGUGGGGCAUUGCCUACUGUACGGAUGUUUCCUUCAGAUAAAUCAAGUCAUGUACCGACUUCUGUGGGAGGCACUGCAGCUGCUCUGCCUUCAGGUCAUGUUUCUGUCACUGGUUCUUCAUCUAUACAGGUUCAAGCACAACUACCAAGCAAUGAAGUCAGAGCUCAUAUUAUUUCAAGUGGAUUUCCUAUUAGUCAUCAAGGAAGGGAUUCUUCCCCGUUCCUGCAUGGCGUUGAAAGACCGCUAAAUGGGACAUAUGGAUCUCAAAUGCAAGUUAAUUCUUCAGUAAAUCACCCUCUGGCGAGUGCUCCAACUUGGUCUGCUCAAACUCAGUCUGCCUUGUCAGCAAAAGGUGGGCCAGAGCACAAGUCGCUGAAUCAUUCUGCUGUUAGUGUUCAGAUAACCACAGACUCGAGCACAUUAAGAUCGUCUUCCCAAGCAGCGAGGAACCAGAGCUCUAGACCUUCAAUUUCUCAAACUGUGACAGGGAGUAUGGCUGGUCUGCAGCCGCAUUUACAGAGCAUGAACUUUGUGCAAGGAUCUUCACUUUCUAAUAACCACAAUGAAAUUGUCAAAAUUAUUCAGAAGCUGUUACAACCACAGCUUCCAGAUCAUCCUACCUGGAAUCCUCCUUCAAGAGAUUACAUGAACAAGGCUGUGACUUGCCAAACUUGUCAAAUUACCAUCAAUGAGAUUGAUAGUGUACUUAUAUGUGAUGCUUGUGAGAAAGGAUUUCACUUGAAAUGUGUACAGUCACCUAAUCAGAGAGCAAUUCCUAGAGGCGAAUGGCACUGCCCAAGAUGUUUAACUAUAAGCCAUGGGAAGCCUUUACCUCCAAAAUAUGGGCGUGUCAUGAGGAGUAACCCCCCACCAAAAUUAUCUGUCAACACCAUUGGAACUCAGCCAUCAGAGAAGAGAUCAGGAACCAUAGAACAAAAGGCUAGUGCUAGUCAGCUGAACUUGGUUUCUAAUGGAGGUUCAGAUUUGCAAAGUCCCCAGCAUGCUGACCAUGGAAGCAAUACCAGUGAUAAUGAAACAUCUGGUACCAAGACUCCAGAUGUGGAAGAAAUUCAUGGAAAUCAUUUUCUACCAAUUAGGAAAGACUUAGAUGAGAAACCAGCCUCUUCAACUUCCCUGAAUACCCCAGCCAAAUCCUUGGGGCCGGUUUGUGACCCCUCUUCUGCUGAAUUAUCAAGUGAAAGAUCUGUUCAGCAGAUUAAAAGUUCUCAAUCACCAAAAGGUGAAGAUGGAUCCUCUGAAUCAAAAGCAGAGGCUCCAGAAGAUCCCCAAACAGUGGCUGACAAUGCUAGUGACCCUAAACCCCCAGAUGUUUCUGAAAUUGCUGAUCAGAGAAUGGUUUCUAAUGGUCCAGAGGAACCCUACUCAACAAGUGCUCAUGGCACUUCGAAUGUGAAGAAAGAUGAUCAUGAAAUUCUGCAGGCAACUAAUGUUGAAACUUUUGAAGCUAGCAUCAUAAAUAGAGAAAUUCUGCAGUCUGGGACUUCUUCAGAUGACUUGCGUGAUAUUGAAUGGAUUGGAAAGCCACGUAUUUUAGAUGGGAAGGCAUUUUACGACUCCUGUUGCAUUGAUGGUGUUACAUAUAAAGUUGAAGAAUGUGCUCUUUUUCAUUCCAACAAUGGGAAAUUGAUGCCCUUUAGGCUUCAGGCCAUGUUCCAUGAUUACAAUAAAGGGUCGAACUGGGCUGUUCUUAAGAAGUGUUACUUUCAUGAGGAUUUGCCGAAGGAAGUUGUCCACCUCCCCCCAAGCUCCCCAGAACACAUUGAGGUAUAUGCAUCCGAUGUCGAUGCCAUUUUAAUGGCAGGCUUAAUUCGAAGCCCAUGUGAAGUUCUUACUGUUGCCAAGUAUAAAGAAGAAUAUGAAAGACGAAGGCAAUUGGUUCUCGGGGCAGAUAAUGGAAUGAAGCAAAUUUUCCUGUGCAAAUGGUUCUAUAUUGAAGCUGCAAAGGAGUUCAUACCUUUUACGGGUGAAAACUUCACAGUACGUUACAGGCAAAUUGGACUAAUUAAGUAGUCCCCAUUUAUUCUAAGAUUGAACGGACACGAGUUGAUGGAUGACCGUCCGCAAAUUCAAAUCUUCUGAAGUAGGUAGCCAUUUUCUCAGUUUGUUUAUUUUUCCUUGUGUCUGUAGUUCAAAGCUGUUCCUUUUUCAGGUUAUCACCCUGUCUGUAUAAUGUAUAUUAUUGUAUACAGACAUGUGCCAUUUUUUAAAUCACAUAAAUUUACAUCUUUUUACUUGUCAUGGAGUGAAGCAAAACUAGUGGAUGCUAUUAGUCAUAAAGAAUUGGUCUUCUCAUUAGUGAGUAGGAGUUUCUCUUUUCUGAUGUAUUAUUUUUAGUGGAUCAAAAAUAUU